AUGGGAUCCUCAAAAAAGACCACGCUUAGGAGCCUCAAGGCUGGGCGCCCCCCGCUAGCCAAGUCAUCACGCCCUUCCAUGACGCGCAAGACCAGUAGAGCCCUGAUCAACAACCACCAUCAGCUGGAAAAGCGACGGCUCCAGGCCGCCGCGCGGGGUGAUAAAGUCGAGGAGGCCUUGAUGGAGAAGGAGAUUACAAAAUUUGGAGGGAUAGACCACUACCAGAAAGCCAGCCUGCAAGGCCAAUCGCACGACCGUGGGGGUGACACAUCACGAGUGCUACUCGGGUGGCUGCCCGCUCCUCGCAAGCUACUCCAGGGCCAAACAGCAGGGGAGGCGUCGGACCGAUCAUCGCCGAGGUUGAGGAUGCUUGAGGUUGGAUCGCUGAGCACGUGCAACGCCUGCUCUACGUCCGGCAUCUUCGAUGUGGUCCAUAUCGAUCUCAACAGCCAGGAACCGGGCAUACAGCAGCAGGAUUUCAUGCAGAGGCCUCUUCCGCGUGACGCUUCGGAAAGAUUUGACAUUAUCUCCCUUAGCCUCGUCGUCAACUUUGUCCCCGAUGCAGCGGGCCGGGGGCACAUGCUCAGGCGUACACUGGACUUUCUCCAUGAGGCAAAGGAACGAGGCUCACCCGACAACAUGCUGAAUACGGAUAGUCGUAGUAGCGGCGGCGACACCGCGGUAGACUUCUUUCCCUCCCUCUUCAUGGUCCUGCCGCGCAGUUGUCUUGAGAAUUCGCGGUACAUGACCGAGAAGAAGUUUGAGGAUAUAAUGAAGGCGCUGGGCUACAUUAAGUUGGCGGGAAAGAUAACGCAGAAGCUCACUUAUAGUCUCUGGAGGAGGGAGCUAGGAAAGUACGAUCCCACAGCGAAGUUUACCAAGAAGGAGGUGAAUCCGGGGAGGACGAGGAACAACUUUGCCAUUGUGUUGAACAAUUUAAAGGGUCCUUAG